CGCGUAGUCUACAGCCCAGGGGAGCCUCUGACCGGGACCGUGCGCGUGCGUCUGGGGGCGCAGCUACCCUUCCGAGCCCAGCCAGCUUCUUGGAGCUGAGCCCGAGCCUCUGCUGAUGCAGGCAUCUGGGACUUUGGGGCCUGGGAUCGGGUUCCACGGUGGCAUUGAUAGGACACUCUGCAGCAAUCCGUGUGACCUGCCUGGGUUCCUGUGGGGUCUCCAACAAGGCUAAUGAUGCAGGAUGGGUGGUGGAAGAAAGCUACUUCAACAGCUCCCUGUCAUUGGCUGACAAGGGGAGCCUGCCCGCUGGAGAGCACAGCUUCCCCUUCCAGUUCCUGCUUCCUGGUGAGAGCCCAGCUUGAAUGGCUGCUAGGGACAAUGGCCUGGGAGGGUAGGCCCCAUAGGUGGAGUUGCCAGACGCCAGUUCCUGCUCUCUCCCUAGCCACAGCACCCACGUCCUUUGAGGGUCCUUUUGGCAGGAUUGUGCACCAGGUGAGGGCUACCAUCGACACUGCACGUUUCUCCAAGGAUCACAAGUGCAGCCUUGUAUUCUAUAUCUUGAGCCCUCUGAACCUGAACAGCAUCCCAGACAUUGAGCAACCUAACGUGGCCUCUGCCACCAAGAAGUUCUCCUACAAGUUGGUGAAGACAGGCAGUGUGGUCCUCACGGCCAGCACUGAUCUCCGAGGCUAUGUGGUGGGGCAGGUGCUACGGCUGCAGGCUGAGAUAGAGAACCAGUCGGGCAAGGACACCAGCCCUGUGGUGGCCAGUCUGCUGCAGAAAGUGUCUUAUAAGGCCAAGCGCUGGAUCUACGACGUGCGGACCAUUGCGGAGGUGGAGGGUGCUGGUGUCAAGGCCUGGAGGCGUGCGCAGUGGCAAGAGCAGAUCUUGGUGCCUGCCUUGCCACAGUCGGCCUUGCCCGGCUGCAGCCUUAUCCACAUUGACUAUUACCUGCAGGUCUCCAUGAAGGUGCCUGAAGCCACCGUGACCCUCCCCAUCUUUGUUGGCAAUAUUGCUGUGAACCAUGCUCCCCUGAGCCCUGGGCCAGGCUUGGAGCCACCUGCUGGACCCUCACCCCCAGUGGUGCCUUCCGCACCACCCCAGGAGGAAGCUGAGGUUGUGGCUGGCGGCCCCCACUUCUCGGACCUGGUCUCCCUCUCCACCAAGAGCCACUCACAGCAGCAGCCACCACCUGCUGUCUUGUGUUCUGUGCCUGUCGCCCCUGAGCCCUGUGCUCAUGAUGGCAGUCCUGCUCCCCACUCUCUGCACCCUCCCUUGUGCAUCUCUACAGGUGCCACUGUUCCCUACUUUGCAGAGGGCUUUGGGGGCCCAGUGCCCACCACCAGCGCCUUGAUCCUUCCCCCGGAGUACAGUUCUUGGGGCUACCCCUAUGAGGCCCCACCGUCUUAUGAGCAGAGCUGCAGUGGUGCAGACCUUGGCCUGACUCCCAGGAGCUGACCCUUGAGAGCUGACCUCAUGCUGCCUUUCCUGGUGGGCCUGGCCUCUGCCCUGGGAUGGGGUGCCCAGGGCCUCGUGCCUUAGCUCUCUGCCUGGCCUGGCCGCUCAGGACUCAUGCCUGUCCAGGCCACCUCUUGGCUGGAACAACCUCUCUCGGCUUCCCUAUUGUCAGCCCUCUUCUCCCUGAGGUCAAGAUGGGGGAGACAGGGACCAGAGACUAGAGAAACUCUGUAAAUAAAGUGUUAUAUUUGUAGAGCCUGCCUCUACAGGACAGAGGCUGGCCUGCCUCCAGCCACGGAU